AUGGUUUCUGCUUCCAAGGCUAAGCGCCAGGCCGAGAAGGCCGCCAAGGCCUCGUCUAAGGGCUCCUCCAAGGGCACCACCGACACCUCGGCCUCGACGCCCAUGACCAACCUCUCGACCAACACCUCGGUCGACGACCUCGACCUCAAGAGGAUGGCGCUCAAGAGCGACAGGAACGCUUCGGGUGUGCUGACCAGCGACAAGCAGAGCCGCGACAUCCACAUCGAGAACUUCACCAUGUCGUUCCACGGCCGCCUGCUCAUCGACACAGCCACCAUCAGCCUCAACUACGGCCAGAGGUACGGCCUGCUCGGCGAGAACGGUGCAGGAAAGACGACUUUCCUGCAGGCGCUCAACGACCGGGACAUUGAGAUCCCCGAGCACAUCGACAUCCACCUCGUCCAGGGCGAGGCCGAGCCUUCGGACGUCAACGCGCUCGACUACAUCAUCGCCUCGGCCAAGGAGAAGGUGGCGCGCCUGGAAAAGGAGAUUGAGGACCUCUCGGUCGCCGACGAGGUCGACGACCUCGCGCUCGAGCUCAAGUACGAGGAGCUCGAGGAGCUCGACCCCAACACGUUUGAGGCCAAGGCCGGCAUGAUCCUGCACGGUCUCGGCUUCUCGCAGGAGAUGAUGCGCAAGCCGACCAAGGACAUGUCCGGUGGCUGGAGGAUGCGCUGCACGCUCGGCAAGGCGCUCUUCCUCAAGCCUCACCUGCUGCUGCUCGACGAGCCGACCAACCACCUGGACCUCGAGGCCGUCGUCUGGCUCGAGGCGUACCUGUCGACCUACAACCACAUCCUCGUCCUCACGUCGCACUCGGCCGACUUUAUGGACUCGAUCUGCACCAACAUCAUGGACCUGACGCUGCAGAAGAAGUUCCUGACGUACGGAGGCAACUACAGCACCUACGUCCGCACCAAGCAGGAGAACGAGGUCAACCAGAUGAAGGCGUACCAGAAGCAGCAGGAGGAGAUUGCGCACAUCAAGAAGUUCAUCGCCAGCGCCGGUACCUACGCCAACCUGGUCAAGCAGGCCAAGUCGAAGCAGAAGAUCAUUGACAAGAUGGAGGCGGCCGGCCUCAUUGAGCCCGUCAUCCAGCCCAAGCUGCUCCGCUUCAACUUCGAGGACAUCCGCAAGCUGCCGCCGCCGAUCAUCGCGUUCAACGAGGUGGCCUUCUCGUACAGCGGCAAGCGCGAGGACUACCUGUACAAGGACCUCAACUUUGGUAUCGACAUGGACUCGCGCGUGGCCAUCGUGGGCCAGAACGGUACGGGCAAGUCGACGCUGCUCAACCUCAUCACGGGCGCGCUGCAGCCGGUCGAGGGAUCGGUGCAGAGGCACGCCGGCCUCAAGCUGGGCAAGUACUCGCAGCACUCGGCCGACCAGCUGCCGUACGACAAGUCGCCGCUCGAGUACAUGGAGAGCAAGUACAAGGAAAAGUACCCGGAGAAGGAGCUUCAGUUCUGGCGCGGGCAGCUGGGCCGCUUCGGCCUGUCGGGCGCCCACCAGACGUCGCCGAUCCGGACGCUCUCCGACGGCCUGCGGAACCGCGUCGUCUUCUCGCAGCUGGCCAUGGAGCAGCCGCACAUCCUGCUGCUCGACGAGCCCACCAACCACCUCGACAUGGGCUCGAUCGACGCCCUCGCGCUGGCCAUCAAGGAGUUUGAGGGUGGCGUCGUGAUUGUCUCGCACGACUUCCGCCUCAUUUCGCAGGUGGCCGAGGAGCUGUGGGAGGUCAAGGACCGCAAGAUUGUCAACCUGACCAAGCAGGACAUUGGCAUCCAGCAGUACAAGAAGAUCCUCAUGAAGGCCGGAGAGGCCAACCUGGCCAAGGCCAAGCUCACGGCAAAGGGCCACUGA